AUGAGCUACUUCCAAGCUACAACUUGCAAGCCUCAUACUGGGCUCAUUGUGGACAGACCCAUAACGGGUCUUGGGAAGACCUGCAGAUUACUACCUGUUCCCCAGUAUUCCCUACGGUCACGUCCUCUCGGAUUUCGCAAGCUUGAUAAGCAUAUCUACCCACGCCUUGUUCUUGUUGCUGCUAGCCAUCCUAGGCUUACUCCUGUAUGCGCCUCAAGUGGAAAAGGGAACCCUGAGAUUGACAAUGAUCCCUUUAUGGAUCAUUUGAAGAAGGCCAUGGCUGAUGCAAAAAAGCCACGACCCAUACAAGAUGCGCUGAAAGAGAAAUUCACCAAGCUGAGAGAACAAGCAUCUGGUGGAGGUGGAGGGAAUGGAAACAGGCGUGGAGGCAAUGGUGGUUCCGGUGGCCCAGAAGAUGAAUCAUUCAAGGAAUCAUUGGAUGAAGUAGUCCAAGUUAUCUUAGCAACUGUUGCUUUUAUACUUGUGUACAUCCAUAUUAUCAGAGGGGAGGAGCUGUACCGUCUUGCGAGGGACUACACUAGAUAUCUGGUUACUGUCGAAGAGACCGAUUAUUCCUUAUUUAUGAUGGUUAGCCUGCUAAUCAGAUGUAGGUCAUGGCUGGUCACCUAUUUUGCGAUGGAUCGAAACUGUAAAAGCCAUAUGAGAACCAAUGUGGCUAAAUUGAAUAUUUAUCUAAGCACUUGGUCCUUGGAUGUCGUUGGCAUCCUUUGCAUUGGUUUACAAUCCUCUAAUACAAGAAAAGAACAUGGAAGAUUAGUACCACUGUGCAAUGAAUAUCAUGAACCAAUGUUUCAAGACCAGUUAACGAGUUCCUGA